AUGUCAACAAGUCUCAUGAAAUAUUAUCUUUUUUUCAUCUACCUGCUGGUCCUAAUUUCUUCUUUCAUCUUUGGAAAUGAUGAAUGCCCAACCGGAAUGCGAUCAUUAGGCAAAUGUAUUAAUAAUUUAUGUCCUUAUGAAUCGGAGUGUAUCUCUUCACAAUGUUGUGCAUACAAAAAUAGUAACAUUACAACAAUAUUUCCAACAUACACGACUACUUUACCAAAUGUUGAAAAUGAAAUUGAUUAUUGUCCUGAUGGUAGUGAAGCAAUUGGAGGUUGUUUAGGACAAUAUUGUCCACCAGGAUAUGUAUGUUUAGAAAAUGUGUGUUGUGUUGAUAAAAAUGAUAGUUAUGAAAUUGAAGAAGAUAUUGUAGAUGGAAAUGUGACACAAAGUAGUGAAAUACCUAUUUCUACUGAGACAAUUGAUUUUAAUGAAUUAACAACAAAAUCUUUACCAAUAGAGAUAACAAAAUUAAUUAAUCAUGAAAAAACUACCAAAUCAAUUGUAAAUUUUGUUCCCGGAAAUAUAAAUGAGACUGGUGGUGUAGAAAGUACUGAUCAAAAAAAUAAAGUAGUCAAUAUUGUAGAUGAUAAAGAUAACCAUAGUAAUCAUUGUCCUAUUGGUCAAUCAAUUGGGGAAUGUAUUAGUAAUGAAUGCCCCUCAAAUUAUGAAUGUAUUGAGGGUAUGUGUUGUAAAUUGAGUGAAAACAUCAAUUGUAAAGAUAUUUUACCAGAUUGUAAAAAACAUUUAUGUGAAAAAGAAGAGUAUUUUGAAUUUUUGACAUUAAAAUGUGGUAGAACAUGUAAAAGAUGUCAUCAACAAAAAUUUGUAAAAAUAAAAAAAAAAGUAUCAGUAAAGAGUGCCGAAAGAGUUAAAGAAAAAGCAAAAAAUACCUCACUUAAAAAGUCUAAAAAAAGAAAUUUAAAAUGUCAAGAUAGUAGAAAUGAUUGUGAAGAAUGGAUGAGGGAAGGUUUUUGUUAUUCUCCUAUUUAUACAAUAGAUCAAAAAAAAGCAAUAUGUGGUGUUAGUUGUCAACUUUGUUAG